UUAUGACUUGUAUGACUCAUGUUUGUUUAUUGCCUAAAUGCGUUUCGAGGAAACGUAAGGCAUCACUUUCUGUUUAUCAAUAUAAAGCCUCUAACCUAGCGACUACAACAUAACUACAUGUAAACUCAUUUCCUGACCGACAAGAAAGGGCGCGUUCCGGAAGUCAAAACAUGGCAACUAUUACCUUUUACCACUACACCAACAAGGCUGGGAAGGACGCUAUCGUCCGUCAGAAACGAAUACGCGCAAGUGAUGGGGCCAAGGAUGCAGUGUUUGGAAGAGGUGUGUACGGAACAACCCUUUCUCCGUCUUCAGGACUCAAGAAAAUAAUCUAUAACAAUUGGGAUGGUCGUGUCGACCCAACCAAGGGGAUGCUGGUGAGAGCGGCCUGGGCAAUCAAGGUGGAGCUACCAAAAACCGACGUUAAAGAAGCUGGGUCAGAGCGAGAUAUCUUGAUUUACACUGGCGGUGACCUUCAACUUGACGAUUACGUCUGGGAGGUCAUCCAGGUUGCCUAGAAGUGAACGAGGACAUGGGUUCAUUACAUAAUUUAAGGUUUCAAUUCCUGACAAACUUAAUCAGAAAGAUAUGCUUUAAGAAGAUUCCGUGUCACAGGAUAACUGAGUGCAGGGUAUACACUAUGUAUGUGUUAUGCUGAAAACCAGGUGUGCCGGACAUGUAGAGAUCACACCAGCUACCUACAUGUCACUCAGGUGCUUAUUUUGUUACUAGCUCAGCUAAGCAGUAAACGUUAAUCUUAAAUUGUG